AUGCCAACAUCCAACAGUGUGACUACGGGGAUCAGAGUUCCUCGGCGGACGAACCAACGACUUCGAAAAGACCUGCUGUGGAGGAGCCGAGGAGUCUGGAUCGUCGACAUUCGACCCCUUCACACAGCAUCCUCCCUCUCCGGAGCCGGACAUAAGUCUCCUAAUGGGGACGUGGCCACAUCCCUGCAAGACUUCUCGUCCCACAUCUUCAAUGUAUUCCCCUACUACCCCACGCCGACUCUCAACCCAGUGCUGGAAUUCUUCGCGCCCUUGAUAACAAAGGACACAACCUUGUUUCACGUCACCCUGCUUGUCAGCGCCUUUCGGUUGGAGCAGCACUUGCCGCCGAAAGAACGUGUGAGGUGCAUACGGCUCUCCAAGCUCUGCAUGGACCUGAUACAGAAUAGGAUCAACGAGCCCUUCCCGGGCUGUGUCUCUGACGAGACGUUGGCGGCCGUUGCGGGAGUUGCAGUCGUUGAGCACGAAAAAGGCAGUCUGCGUCUCUCUCGCAUUCACGUGUCAGGCCUGAAACAAAUGCUCGAGGUCCGAGGCGGGUUAGAGUCAAUUCGCAUGUCAAACCCGACUAUUGCAAACAUGCUGUUCUGCAUGUUCGUCGCCACAGCUGAUGUCGAUUUCCCGUCGUGCGAUGCACGGGCAGUCGUACAGCGGCCUCUAUGGUUCUACCAGAGCCUUCACGCCACCCAUGACCUCCGCAGUACGAACGUAGAUGGCUUGAACCCGAGCCGACUCGAUUUCCAUGCCCAUGGUGUUUUGGCAGAGUACGCAGAGCUCAUGCUGAACAUCCGUAUGCUCGCCAUGACUUACCAGACAGCCCAGGACUGUAGCUCGGCCACGGAAUACCAGGGGGUAUUGACCUUUCUGUGCGCGACUUUGCAGCGACUACUCACCCUCCCGGUCCCGGACCUGCUGAUGGGCAGCUACGAGAGGACCAUCACGGCAGCGUGUCGUCACGCCCUGAUAAUCCAUGUCUUCGCCCAAUGGUGUGGGCACCAGCCCGACCCCUCUCUCCUGGUGAGCACGGCCCAGCACGACCUGCUAGCCACACUGCGGCCCCUGACCGAACGAGGCGGGGUAAGCUCAAACCUGCUGCUGUGGCUCCUGUCCGUCGGCGGCACCUGUCCCUGCGGCCCAGCGCAGCGCAAAUGGUUCGUGAGCCAGCUCGCAGACACGGCGGCGGACCUGGGGAUCCAUUCCUGGGAAGGCAUGAAGGCCAGUCUCAAACAGGUUAUAUGGCAUGAGCACCAGGAUGACAGACAGCACAGAGACCUGUGGAACCAGGUGGUCGAACUUAGAGAAGGGGGAACGCUCCACUCGCCGCAGAUGGUCUAUCGGGUGCCUCCUGGGGAGUGA